AUGGGACGUGUUAUUUUCUCUGUUUCGGACGACGUCUUUUCCCUCUGUCCAUCUAAGAUACUCAAGUCCGACGAGCGCGGUGUGGAGGAGGCCGACGAGGACCUGACGUGCGAGGACGGCGACCGGCGGUCUUUCUCCGAGCUGCAGUUCCACUACGGCGGCUACGGCAUCAACUGGACGGAACUAGUGCGCCUCGUUCUGGACUUGCCCUCCACACGUAACGUCGUCAUCUGCCGAGUGCGACUCAGCGGACCUCUGCAGCAUCUGCUGGAGAUCACCCCCAAGAAGUCCCUGUGGCAGUUCGCCAUCCUCCACACGCUGGUGCACUCUGACCUCUUUCUGCUCCUGUCGGGUCACGGCACGCAGGGCACAUCCCAGGCGGCGGUGACGUCACGACAUGUCCCUGGGCCUGGUCCAGGCCAGGACCCGUUGGAAGGCGGUGGCCGGCCGCAGUCCCAGGAAGAGCAGUGUCUGGACUUGGUCGAGUACGUCAUGCCGGCCAUCAAACAUCGCCAUUGCGACAAGGACGCUCUCAAGCGAAGCGUGGAUGAGGUGGACAACAUGAUGGAACACUUGCGGCUGUCCAUGUUCGGAAUACUCAAAGGACUGUUUAGUAUUUCUCCAGAAAACACCUGGAAAAUAACGAAUAUCACCAUCAACGAGGUCAAGAUUAAAGUCGUGCUGUUUCUGAUGAAUCUGGGGAAGGACCAUGAGGCUUUGCGCCUGGACCUGGACGAGGAUGACUUUAGUGCCAACGUGCAUGAGCUGGUCAAGUUUCGUAACCAGCUCUACCUGGCGGGACUGGUGGACGUGCGGGGUUUACCUGUAGAUAUGACGGCCUUCGGCAUCAGAGCCUGCUUUAAAGACUCCAGUCUGUCCCGGCCUGGCCCUCACCUGUACCACUCACCUGUGUCCACGCUGUGCGCUUCGGUUCACUGGGAACAUUCCUUGCAGCGAAAGUUGCUGAUAAACUGGGAUUUGUGGACCUCUUGGACCACUACGCCGGGGGUGUGCUCAAUCACAGCGCAGUCCUGGGGCUGGCGGUUCGACUCCAGUGCUUCGUUCAGAAAUACAGCAAAAUAGUCUUGUUGGACUACGGCACCACGGUGUACAGGGUUGAUGGCGAGCUCAACAAAGUGCAGAUCUGGAAAGAUCAGUUCACGCUUCAGUUGGUGAUGAUGGCCUGGCGCCGGUACCACGACUCCAUGACAUCAGACAAAGCUCUGCCCGGCCUCCCCUUGUCCAGAGACCAACUCUUCUACGUGGCAUUCGCUCAGGCA